AUGACACAGUGGGGCAAGGUCGUUUCCGUCAGCAACUUGCAAGCUGCCGGGACGACACCGUUGGAGAUUCAGGUAGAUGACAUGCCUUCCUUGCCCGCAGAGCGGAACCUCGCAGAAGGCAUUAAGAUCCUUUACCAGACCUGCCAGCUGUAUGACCUGAACUUGGUCGUUGGGACAACCCGUCUGCCCGCUCACAAGGUGGUUCUGGCAUCGAUGAGUCGGGCCUGCUGUGAGCAGGUGCAAAAGGCCGUGAAAGACUUCCAGCAGCGUCAGCCUCCAUCGCCCUCAAGUGCCAGCAUUGAUCUGGAGAAGGCUGAGAAAGCUGAGAAGGCACCGACAUCCGGCCCAGAAGAAAAGACUCUUCAAGCCGACCUGGAAGUGGCCACCACGUCGUCUCUGGCACAGGUGCCAGCAGCAUCGCCUCCAAUCUAUAGCAAUCAGUGGAAAGCGCCGAGCUCCACUGCCCCUGUGCCUCCUGUUGCGAUCGAUGCGAAAGCGGAGCCUGCCGAAGGCAAGAACGUGCCACCUGAAGAGCCCCAGAAAACUCUGGAGGAGCCCACAGUGCCAUCCCUCCCUCCUCCGACACGCCCUGAGAUGCACCUGGACAUCGCCAGCCCGGAGGCAGCAAGAGCUCUCUUGGACUUGGUCUACGGCCUCGGCUCAGAGUACAACAUCAGCUCGGAUGCUGCCAACCAAGACGUGCUUCGCUUGGCGACGCAACUGGAUGUCCCUUGCCUCCAGGAAUCAGCGACCCGAUACUUGGGCCAGAACUUGACCUGCCAAAAUGCUGUUUCCAGGCUCCAGACGUGCAAAGAGUUUGGCCUUGAGGAGAUGUAUGGAGCUAUUGAGGAGGAGGUCGUCUACAGCAGGGAUGCUUUGCAGCGCAUCGCAGCUGCGGAGGAGGUCAUCAAGUUUCCGGAGAUCCUGCAGGGCUUGCUCGUGCGAUCUGCCCAAGUGCACAAUCCUGUCCCCAACGUGCGGGAGGGCAAAGAGGCCAAGCGCAAGCGGAUUGCCGAGCAGAAGAGUGGCCGACCAGAAAAGUUGCCAAAGGCUUCAUCGGGUCGUGCUGUUGCAGGAGGAGGUGCCUGA